UAUAUAUUUUCAUAAAUAUAAAAAUAAAUAAAUAUAAAACACGCAAACAUAAUUGUUAGUAGUGAAUAAAUAGAUCGGCCGCUGCCCGGUCCCAUUGUCUCGAACGACUACGUCACAGAGGGGCGGCGCUUGCGCCGCGCGGAUGGACUAUGCACCGGCCGAUCGAAGCAGUCAGCUGUACGCUUACCCGCGAUUAACUCGAUUCAAAAUUCUAAGAAAUUGUAUCCGCCGCGUCCUAUUCUUAUAAUUCAUAAUUUGUAACUGUCUCUGUGUAAUUCUGUGCCUCUUCUAAACUUAUUCUUCUUCUUCUGACUUUUAGUGUGUGUGUGCUUGUGGCUUCCAAUAAACUGUUCUUUCUAUCUAUAAACUCUUUCUCUUCAACUUUUACUCGCUCAACACUCCUUCUUAAUUGUACAACCCACUACAACUGGUGACCCCGAAGAACACAAACAAGAUGAGCGAGCCUAAAGCACGCAUCGAAAUGGCACCGAACGUUCCGGAACAUGCGGGUGAGACCACGUAUGAAUCAUUUCGGGUUGGUGUAAGAAUCCCACCAUUUUACGCCGAGAAACCAGCUCUUUGGUUCUCCCAGAUGGAAGCACAGUUUGCUCUGUCAAAUAUAAAAACUGACGAGACCAAGUUUUAUUAUGUAACGGGGAAUUUGGACCCUCAAUAUGCUUGCGAGGUGGAGGACAUAAUCACCUACCCCCCAACUACUAAUAAAUAUGAAAGGCUAAAAAGCGAGUUGAUAAAAAGAUUAUCUGCUUCCAAGGAGAAGAAAUUAAAGCAGCUCCUCAUGCACGAGGAAUUAGGAGACAGAAAACCUUCACAGUUCUACAGGCAUCUUACGAACUUAGCUGGACCUGGAGUACCAGAAGACUUCCUGCGCACUAUAUGGGCAAGUCGACUCCCUCAUAAUAUGCAAGCAAUUAUUGCUUCGCAAUCGAAAAGCACGAUGGACGAUCUGGCGGAAUUAGCUGACCGAAUUAGCGACGUGGUCGGACCUCAAAUGGCGUCAACAUCAGCCGUCACGAGUAAUAGCAGUGAAAAUACCGAAAUUGCAGCCCUGGCUAAACAAGUCGCUAGUUUAACCGAAAAAAUAGAAAGGAUGUCGAGAGAGCGCGGACGGUCUAGAUACCGGAACCGCAGUCGUCAUCGCUCGAGUUCUACGCGAUCAAAAUCUUCAUCACACUGCUGGUACCAUCAACAUUUCGGCGAACGUGCUAAAAAGUGUAUACCGCCAUGUGACUACCGAGCGUCGGGAAACGCAAAGGGCGAUCAGUAAUGGCGGCCAGUGAUUGCCCGAGUACCGGCCGCUUAUUCGUGACCGAUCGCAGAACCAAAAACCAAUUUUUAGUGGACACCGGCAGCGAUCUAUGCGUUUUCCCCCGAUCAGCCUUAUCAGGACGACGUGAAAAAACGAAGUUCGAGUUAAGUGCGGCUAACGAAACCAGCGUCUUAUCGACAACACAACUACGCUUACGUCCCCGGCUUCGUCUGCCCAUUCAGCAGACGUAAUAUCAUCGGUAAAGGUAAUCUCUGGUAAUUCUGCAUACCACGACAUACUACGACAGUACCCCGAUAUUACUCGCCCACCUGGCAUACACCGUACA